GUCAAAAGGCAGCUGCCGAGCCAGAGGCGCCGGGAGCGCGGAGCAGCGUGCCCACCAGCCAGACCAGAGUUCUUUUGAUCAGAAGUAUCCGUGAGACCUCACAGAAGGGCACCCCUGGGCUCAAUUCACCUGCCCCCCUGCUCCUUCAGGGAUGGAGGCGAUGGCAGCCAGCACUUCCCUGCCUGACCCUGACGACUUUGACCGAAAUGUGCCUCGAAUCUGUGGAGUGUGUGGAGACCGAGCCACAGGCUUCCACUUCAACGCUAUGACUUGUGAAGGCUGCAAAGGCUUCUUCAGGCGCAGCAUGAAGCGGAAGGCGCUGUUCACCUGUCCCUUCAACGGGGACUGCCACAUCACCAAGGACAACCGCCGCCACUGCCAGGCCUGCCGCCUCAAGCGCUGUGUGGACAUUGGCAUGAUGAAGGAGUUCAUCCUGACAGAUGAAGAGGUGCAGCGGAAGCGGGAGAUGAUCCUCAAGAGGAAGGAGGAGGAAGCUUUGAAGGACAGUUUGCGGCCCCGGCUAUCUGAGGAACAGCAGCGCAUUAUUACCAUCCUGCUGGACGCCCACCACAAGACCUUCGACCCCACCUAUUCCGACUUCAGCCAGUUCCGGCCUCCGGUUCGCGGAGACGAGAGUGGAGACAGCCAUUUGCUAAAGCCCUCCUUGAAACACAUGACCAGCUUAUCUGGGGACUCGUCCUCCUCCUGCUCAGAUCACUACACCUCCACCCCAGUAGUGAUGGACCCGACCAGUUUCUCCAACCUGGAUCCAAGGGAAGAAGCCUCGAAUGAUCCUUCUGUGACCCUGGACCUGUCUCAACUCUCCAUGCUGCCCCACCUGGCUGACCUGGUCAGUUAUAGCAUCCAAAAGGUCAUUGGCUUUGCCAAGAUGAUUCCAGGGUUCAGAGACCUCACCUCUGAGGACCAGAUUGUACUGCUGAAGUCAAGUGCCAUUGAGGUCAUCAUGUUGCGCUCCAACCAGUCUUUCACCGUGGACGACAUGUCCUGGACCUGUGGCCACGAGGACUACAAGUACCGCAUCAGUGAUGUGGCCAAAGACCGUCCUGGGGUGCAGGACGCUGCGCUGAUUGAGGCCAUCCAGGACCGCCUGUCUAACACGCUGCAGACCUAUAUCCGCUGCCGCCACCCUCCACCAGGCAGCCAUCUGCUCUAUGCCAAGAUGAUCCAGAAGCUGGCUGACCUGCGUAGCCUCAACGAGGAGCACUCCAAGCAGUACCGCUGUCUCUCCUUCCAGCCUGAGUGCAGCAUGAAGCUCACGCCCCUUGUGCUGGAGGUGUUUGGCAAUGAGAUCUCCUGAUGAGGGCAGCCUGCAGUGGCACCUGGGUGGGGCUGCUCCCCUGGGGCCAUGUGCCCAAGAUGGGGGCUGGCUGCUACCCAGCAGCCCUUCCCACCCUCUCUCAAGUUCAACCCCUGCUCUCCCACUUCUCCUCCCUGCCUGGCCCAUUCUCUCUCCUACCCAACCUAAGACCAGGUCCCUGCUUCCUGCAGGCCACAGGCUGUCCCCCAUCCCUCAAGACCACAAUCAUGAGGAGUUGCUAUUUAUUUGACAUAGAGACUCAAGUAAGGGCAGAGGGCAGAAGGUGGGGCCUCAUCUGGGGAUGCCCCCACCACUCCAGAAGUGGCUGCUGGUUGGUGCCCAGGGAAUAGGCAGGCAAGAGAAAUGCACUCAUUCCUCAGGGACAGAUACCCAUACCUCCCCCUGCUCCAGGCCCACAUGUCCAGAGCCUGGUGGGGAUCUCCCCAUCCCAUCCCACCCACAAUAAAUAACUGGCCACAACCUCCACCUCACCCCCAUCUCAUCCUGCCUCCAGUCUGUGCUGUUCUGUCCCAGGGCAGCAUGUGAUAAUGCAGACUUCUCCCUUUGCCUUCCCAACCCUGGCCUGUCUAGGUUACUCACUGCCAAGGAUGACCAAAGACAGGGUCACUAAGGUCACAACUCCCCCUUCACUCACCUCUGCUUGCCGAGUUCACUUGCCUAACCCCUCAGUGCCCACCUUUAUCCCAUUACCAUGGUAACAUUCUCUUUGGAAGUAGCUAUGGUGAGAUGGGCUUUCUCCCCAUGGAUGGGGCUGCUGGCCCAGAACCCACCUGCCGAGAGACCCAAGGAGGGAAAAAAGCAGGGCCCAGGCAGUGGGGGACAGGCAAACCUAGCCUCUUGGAAGAAUAGUGGAUGGUGGCCACAGCUGUCCCUGUCACCAAGCCCAUGGCUCCUUGGCCUGGGUCUAAGGAGUUAGUUGAAGCAGGAGCUCUCUUUCCAAUGAUCCACGUGGCAGAAGUGAAUUGCCCCCAGGUUGCAGAGAAGCACCGGGCACUGUCUUCACCUUCCCUUGCCAGUCAAUGCCUUACCUCCCGCUCCUUACCUGCCACAGGCUCCAGAGCCCUCCCAUCGCAGCCUCAGGCACUGGGGGUGCCUCACCUAGGAUGGCCAAACAUGAUGCAGAGAUCGGCCCACUCUCCCAAUCACCUCACAGUCUAGAGAAGCAGUGCCCGCUCUGCUUACCAGUGGGGCCACAUCUUUUCUACCGGGUAGGGUGAAAUGGAGGUGAAGAACUUUCAGACUCCCACAGCCUAAGUCACGCCCUCCCUGCCCGCCUAGGUGUAGUUCUAAGAUGGCUGUUCCCCCAGGAGAACCAGGAGCUGGUGCUCUGAGACUUCAGGGUGUAGGUGGAGGGAGAGUGGUCAGCCUCUGAUGGCAAAUCAGAGAGCAUUUAGGGUUAGAGUCAUGUGGGGCUGGUUCCCUUCUUAUUCUCACCUCACCACCCCGGAGUCGGAAGGGGCCUAGGAACAGGGUGGAGUGAGGUACCUAACUUUAAACUCCGUAUUCUCUUCCAUAGCCAGACCAGCCUAGGAGGUGGGAACUCUCCAUCCAUUUACUCUGGGAUGGGGUUCCUCGGUGAGUUAGUUGUAGGUGCGUGGGACUAACACACAGAGGAUCCUUCAGAUCAUUACUUGAGUUUGGGGAACAUGACCACAUUCGAUGUCUCAAUACAGAGGAGUUCAUGUCGGUGGGAUACCCCUCCACUUGCAUCUGUUGUCCCCUGAAAACUUUAGGAGCAAUCUGACUUAACCGCUGCCAGAGCUGUCAUGUCCACCUGGCCCACAGUUUCUUCAGGUGGAAAAAUAUCUAAUGGCCAUGUUCCUUAUUGCAGAAUACCAUCCUUAUGGCCGAAUCUUAUGUUUAUUAGAGGAGCUGUUUUUAGAAUUAGACUCCAUUUUGUACUAUAUUCUAAUAUAGCGGGUAGUAGGCACCACUGAUUAAUUGAUAUUUAUGGGUGGGGGGGACUUACAUUGUGAAAAUUCUAUACAUUAAUUAUUAUCAUUGUUGUUGUUAUUUUAUAAAUUAGAAAGAGACCUUAGUUAUUUGAUUUUAGCUGCAGAACACAUUGGGAGAAAAAGCUUGAAAAUCGCUAAACUCAUUCAACUCCCUUGUUAAAGAAAACAGAUACUUAGAGGAGGGUGUGACUCACUCAAACCCAAUAACACAGUAGAAGUAGCGCCAGGACUGGACCCAGGCUUUGGACUUUGGGUCCAGUGCUCUUUUCACUAUACCACACUUGAGCUCAGACUCCACUUCCCGUCCCCCAGUGGCUGACCUAGUCCCUUGGGGAAAUUGCUGGAUUUGAAACGGAGAAAGUCUAGAUCACAAACCCCUGCCUUCCUUCUCUGGGUUGUCACCCUGCUGACCCAUUAGGAGGAUAAGGGACACCUGAGCCUGUGUCUCAAUGUGAAUCACACUCCCGCCCCCAAUGUGGCCCUGGAUGGGGUCUCUGCCUCAGCCCUAUAUAAUGCUGUUGCCUUAUCAAUAAAGUG